UCCGUCAGACGUGACGUCGCUGGUCCCCCGCUGAAAAACUUCACUCCGCACAAAGUUUUCAGAAAACAACGAGCCCCAAAAUACUCUCUGCGACCAGGAGCCUCGGAAUGUGCGGACAUUUGCACUUCAACACUGCAUCCCGCCGUCGAAAUGUUAGCACAGUUUCAUUUAAUCGACUCCGUGACUGUCGUGGCGACUGUUUUUGUAGCAGUGUUGUUGGCGAGAGGCUGCAUGUGUGUCAACGAGGAAGACGAUGAGGUCCUGGAGAAAAAACAGCUUAUGGAGUUCUACAAAAAGGGUAUGUUUAUCCUGGAGAGUGAGCCUCUGAAACGCUGCAUCAAAGUAGAUCGCUCUAACCUCGUUCUAGAGGACUGCGAGCGGCCCACGCGUCACAUGCUGUGGAAGUGGGUGUCCCGACAUCACCUCUUUAACUUGGGCACCAGCACGUGCCUGGGCCUCAACAUCUCCGACACAACGCAGCCUCUGGGCAUGUUUGAGUGUGACAUGGCUCUCCCGGUGCUGUGGUGGCGCUGCAGUGGAAACAUGCUGUACGGCGCUUCACAGUGGAAGGUGGCUGUGGCUGGACGUUUGGUGGUGGUAAAGAAAAACACCUAUCAUGAGUGGAAAAGGUACAACACCCCCAAAGGAGGGCCCUGCUCAUAUCCAUAUGAAGAUAUCCACACUUUGUUGGGAAAUGCACAUGGCAUGCCUUGCGCUUUGCCCUUUAAAUACAACAACAAAUGGUACUCUGAGUGCACAACUGAGGGGCGAGAGGACCAUCUUCCUUGGUGUGCUACCACCACUCGCUAUGAUGAGGCAGAAAGAUGGGGCUUCUGUCCGGUGCAAGAUACUAGUUGUGAGCGUUUUUGGGAGUCAAACCAGGAGCUGCGUGCGUGUUACCAGUUCAACCUGUACACCAUCCUGACCUGGAGCCAGGCGCUGUCCACCUGCCAGGCUCAAGGGGGAAAUCUGCUCAGCAUCACCAGCCUGGCAGAGCACAGGUACAUCACAGAUCGAAUGGCAAGUGUUGGAGCGAUGGUGUGGAUCGGGCUGAACCAUUUAAAGGAUAGACGGGGGUGGCAGUGGUCUGAUGGAGCACCUCUAUCACUGGUCAAUUUCACUAAAACUCUGCCUGCCAGCCCGCUGAAGGACGACCGACAGUGUGGGGUGUACAACUCCGCCUCGGAGGGUCACUGGCAGAGUCUGUCCUGUGAGUCCGCUCUGCCUUACAUCUGUAAGAAGACGCCUAACGACACCCGCAUAGCCGAGCCACUGGAGAACUGGCAGUAUAUCCAAACAGAGUGUGCUAAUGGCUGGUGGCCUCAUAAUGGUUUCUGCUACCGGCUGCUGUCAGGGACUGAAGCAGGGAGCUGGGAGGAGUCUUCCCGGGCCUGUGUCUCUCAGGGGGCAAACCUCACCAGCCUUCACUCCCUGUCAGAGAUGGAAAUGCUGCUCAGCCUUCUGACUAACUCUUCCAGUGACAGUGAGGAGGCUUGGAUUGGACUUUGGAAACAGGAAUUUUCUCCAACUGUAGAGUGGUCUGAUGGUUCACCAGUAACUCUCACUUUCUGGCACCAGUAUCACCCCCCUCCCAACCUGACGGAUGCAUCCCUUUGUGUCAAAGCAGACAGGAAGGAGGGUAACUGGCUCAUAGGGGCAUGUGAUGAACGGCUGCCAGCUGUGUGUAGAAAAGAAAGCCAGAAUCCGGAUCAUCAGCCUGGAACCUGGGAUGAAGGGUGUCCUGAGGGCUGGAAACGGCAUGGACACUCCUGCUUCACGGUGACGAGCCAUGAACAGAACUAUGAGGAUGCAGUGAUGGGAUAUUACUGCAGGGCUCCUCUCCUUACUGUGGAAAACAGGUUUGAACAGGCGUUUGUCAACAGUUUGCUGAGUGAGAGUGGAACAAACAGCAGCAAGUAUUACUGGAUCGGCCUCUCGGACCAGGAGAAGGGGGGAGAGUACAGCUGGCUUCCUCUCAAUGGCUCCUCGCUGCCUCUCACCUUCACAAACUGGAACAAACACCAGCCAGUCAGUACUGGCGGAUGUGUUGCUAUGUCAGGCGGCCCUGCUUUGGGUCACUGGGAAGUACAAGACUGCAAGUCCCACAAGGCCUUGUCAGUGUGCAAGCAGAGCAUCAGCAGCUACCACGAUGUCCAGCUGCCAGAGCACCACAUUGAUGCCUACGCCCCCUGCCCUCCAGGGUGGGAAUCACACGCUGGGAUGCUCCACUGUUUUAAGGUGUUCCACGAUGAGAAAGUGCUGAUGAAGCGUUCCUGGGUGGAGGCGGACUUCUUCUGCCAGGCCCUCGGGGCGCAGCUGGCCAGUUUCCUCCACUAUGAGGAGCAGGUGUUUGUUAAGCUGCUCCUCAGUACCAUGUUUGAAGGAACAGAGGGUCGCUGGUUCUGGGUGGGCUUUAAUAAGAGAGACCCUGAACAUCCCGGAGCCUGGGAGUGGUCUGAUGGUUCUCCUGUGGAGACGUCCUUCAUAGAGGAUAAGAACGAUGAGGAUGACCGGAGGGACUGUGCUGUGUACAGCGACCUGACCAACGCUCUAAUGCCGCAGCCCUGUGAGGCCAAACACGAGUGGAUCUGCAAGAUGUCCAGGGGGGAUAAACUGAUGAAACCCUAUUGGUACAAUGAGCAGAGCGAGCCCUGGGUCUUUUACCAUGGAGCGGAGUACCUGCUGGCGAAGCAGCCCUUUGACUGGGACUCCGUGUCUCUGGCCUGUCAGAUGAUGGGAGCCUACCUGCUGUCCGUGCACUCCAGAGAGGAGCUGCACUUCGUCAAGGAGCGCCUGCACAGGCUCUCCCUGGGCCCGACAGAGUGGUGGAUCGGCCUGUCCACUGGGCAGCCUGGAGAGGGGGCCAGGUGGAGCGACAAGACAGAGGUAGACUUUGAGAACUGGGCAGACAGGGGAGCCGGUGGGGGCGCAAGCAACAGGAUGUGUGUCACCAUGUCCUCUUCAACAGGGAAGUGGUCGGAGAGUAAAUGCAGGGAUAUCAACGGCUACGUCUGCAAGAGAAAGACUGUGUCUGUGGUGGAGACUCCCAGGGAGCCGCACUACAUCGGAGGAUGUCCGGAGAAAUGGCUGUACUUUGGACACAAGUGUCUCCUGCUUCACAUCAUUGACAGCCCAAAGGAGGGAAAGAGCUGGAAGGAUGCCCGGUCCAUCUGUUCUUCCUUCGAUGGUUCGUUGGUGGCUAUCGAAGACGAGAUUGAACAAGCAUACAUCACCAUGUUGCUCCAGGGAAGCUCUGUCGGUGUGUGGAUUGGUCUGCGGGAUGAGGACACUAUGAAAUGGACCAAUGGGAAAACAGUCAGUUACACCAACUGGUCUCCAAUUGAACCAAAGAGCUACCUCACUGAAAAUGAGUGGCUCAGCGGAUUUACUGAUGAGCCGUUGUGCACUGUGCUGUCCAACAAUCACAACUUUCACCUGACAGGGAAGUGGUACGAUGAGAAGUGCAGUGAGAGCGGGUACGGCUUUGUUUGUCAGAAAUCUCAAGAUACAUCCAAACCCCCCACCCAUUCCUAUCUUCACCCUCUCCCUGACAAUAUUGAGUACAGCAGCCGCAGCUACAAAGUUGUGUCCGGCAACAUGAGCUGGUACGACGCGAUGCAUAUGUGCAUAGAGAAUGAUUCUGACCUAGUGAGCGUUACAGAUGCCUACCACCAGGCUUUCCUUACUGUCCUUGUCAAUAGAUUGGCAGUCCCCCACUGGAUUGGACUAUAUAGUCAAGACAGUGGCAUCAAUUAUCAGUGGUCAGAUGGCAGCGACACAGUGUACACACACUGGGACGCGGACGAAGACGAUGACGACUUUGUGACGGGAGAGUGUGUGUACAUGGACGUGACCGGAGGCUGGCGCAGAGCUGACUGUGAAACUCCGCUACCAGGAGCCCUGUGUCAUGUUCCCCCACCAAGCAGUAAACCAUUUAUCUCAUAUGAGUUGGAGUGCCCCUCAACAUGGGUGAAAUUCGGACAUGGCUGUUACAGCUUCGAGCCUGUGGUGCAGAAACUCACAUUUGAAGAGUCAAGAGAGCACUGCAGGCAGAAAGUAAACACCUCGGAUGUCCUGACCAUCGAGAGUGAGACGGAGAAUCGUUUUGUUCUGGAGCAGCUGUGGACGUCGGGGUUCCUCCACCACACUGUGUGGUUGGGGAUGUACUUUAACAUUGACACUGAUUCUAUGGCCUGGGUAGACGGGUCACCCAUAGACUACACCAACUGGCUCAACCAGGCCCCGGACCCCAAGCUGCUGACCGCUGACGCCUGUGUCACUACCAGGGUGGUGGAUGGAGUGUGGCACCUGUCCCAGUGCAACGAGAGGCUCGGCUUUGUAUGCAAAACCACCUCAGAUAUAAUUACCGAGGUGGAAGUGGAACCGCUGAAUGGUUUACACCAUGGUGUCAUCCCCGCUGCGGUGCUAGUGGCUGUUCUAAUCUUUGCCCUGCUGGCAGGAGCGAUGUGGUUUGUGUACAAGAGGAGCGCUUCACGUUUUCGCAGGCUUCCUACACUCGGCAGCGCUUAUUACAGACAAACCAGCUCACAGGCCACAGAGUCGGAUGGAAAUGUGCUUAUUACAGACCUGGAGGCUCCCUCAGGAGAAUAGCACUCAAUGAUUUCCUUUAGGUCUCUGUCCGUCUCUCACAAUUUCACCAUCAGGUAUGAAUGCCACAUGACUGUACAGCUGUGAAUCCUCAGGACAGUGGUGACAUGUUGACUUUUCCUUCUGUAAUUAGAAAAUGUGCUUGAAGGAACCACAGUUGGUCGCAACAGUUUGCAAUUAUUCAAAACGUUUAAAUGAGACAAACCUAUGAGAAGAUUUUGGUUGUUUGACACUGAAGAGCCAACAUUGAAAUGUCAAGACUAACAAAGUUCACAUGAGUGAGUGUGUUGAAGAAGGGAUGUUUGAGAGCUUAACAAAUGUUAGAAGAGGUACUGAACACUUGUUCUAUGCUUGUUAUAAUUCAAUUGUAUAAGAAUUUAAAUAAGUUACAAUUGGUAAAAACGGUAUAAAGGAAAAUGAUGAUGAUUUGAAUAAUGCAGAAAGGUUUUCUCAACAAGGUUCAAACAGGUACUGUAAAAGAGAAUAUUGGUUUACUUGCCAAAUGUAUUUUCCAUUGACAUAAAUAAAAGACAGAUUGAUGCCAAAAUAGAAACUACAGUCAUAUUUGUGAUACAAUUUUGUGUAUCUUGUUUAGAAUUCAGGAGUUGUUGGAGCUGCGCACUUGGUACAGCAAUGUUGUCAGUAUUACUUUUGUAUUUGUAUUUUAUUUUUUUAAGUAACCAUGCUGUAUAUAGAUAAAAAAAAGUGUCCUUUUAUAUGUUAAAGACUAACAGAAAAUGUGUAUGGCAUAACUGAUGAUUGGAUUUGCUCUCAUUUUCACUUUUGUCUUCUGAUGCAAAACAAAAUGUAAUGUAUAUUUGCACAAUUUUCUUUGUGUUUUAAUAAAUCCAAGUUAGGCCUAAGA